GUCCAACCAUACUAACGUUAACAACAACAAAGGAUGGUGUCGUGAAGUUUUGAACUUAUUGUGUACCUCCUUCCCUUAUAGAUGUAGUCUUUUAAAAAAAUUAUAUAUAGACUAUCUUGUCAAAGCCACAAUGUACACGAAAUUGUAAUGGGGGUGGACGGUAAGCCGUUUCAGCUUUUGUAAGGGACGCUCACCCGGCGGCGACGCCAACGCUAAGCUAACGCUGAUGUUAGCUGAGUUAGCUUGACAACAAAAAUGAGCAGUUUUACAACAAGAUGGCAGGCGUUCAUUCUCUGUGAUGCAUCGGCGAUUUCUCUUUUUAUUUGCCAAGAAAGAUUCGCCGGGACAGUCGAGAAAACUAGCUAGAACAAUGGUUGCUGCAGAGCUAACUUAAGAUGGCUAAGUUUCGAGUGACAUUUGGGUGAGGGUGGUUUAGCCCCUUUGCCGAUCGAUAAAUGUGAUCAGGUGACACAGCACCUUGCAUAGCCCAGUGCUCUGUCCAGUUGGGGUUCAUUGGGCCCAGUAAGCUCCUAGUACUUAAACUAAAUGAGCAUUAACAAGGCUGCUGAAUGCCUCUGGAAAAUGAAAGACCUGUCAGCAGCAUCCUUUGUAUUGUUAAGCCUCAAGUUGGACAAUCUGCUUCAUCGAUGUUACCAUGAUCCGCAUAGCAGCAUUGAAUGCUGCUUCAACAGCAGCUGAUGAGUCUCAGGACCCCCUGAGAAGUAACAAGAGUCAGACCAAGGAGGCUCAGGAAGCAGAGGCUUUCGCUUUAUAUCACAAAGCAUUAGAUCUUCAAAAACAUGACAAGUUUGAGGAGUCUGCAAAGGCCUAUCAUGAACUUCUCAAAACUCCACUGCUUAAAGAGGCCAUGCCCUCAGAAGAUCAGAGAGUCGGGCUCAAGCAUCCCGGGCUGAUGCUGAAAUACUCUACUUUUAAAAACCUGGCUAGUCUGGCUGCAUUGCGAGAUGACCUAGAAACAGCUAUGGAGUUUUACUUGGAGGCUGUUAUGUUGGAUUCCACUGACGUGAACAUGUGGUACAAGAUUGGCCAGGUGGCCGUGCGACUGGUGCGCAUACCUCUGGCCCGGCAUGCCUUUGAGGAGGGUCUGCAUUGUAACCCAGACCACUGGCCCUGCCUGGACAACCUCAUAACUAUUCUCUACACACUGAGCGACUACAGCUGCUGUUUGUAUUUCAUCUCCAAAGCUCUGGAGAAGGAUCACUGUUACACUAAAGGCUUGGUGCUGAAAGAGAAGAUCUUUGAGGAGCAGCCCUGCCUGAGGAGAGACACCAUGCAGAUGUUCAUGAAGUGCGAUAUGUCUAUUCACUACGUGGAUGUGGAGGAGGAGGAAAGCCAAUCCAUUGUGGAGGAGGCACUGGAGCUACGGAAGCGCAGACAGGCUCUCUCUAACCGUGAACCGAAGCCUGACCUUGUCCUUAUUCAGCCCAUACGAUGCUUCUCGUGGAAGCAUAUCGGUGAGAGCUUCCUUGCAAUGUACAGAUAUCAGACCACAUGUGAGCCACCUCGCCCAAGUCUUGGCCGCAGGAUUGACCUGUCCGAGUAUCGAGACCCCAACUGCCUCCAAAACCUGCCCCAACCCAGCAGCCCAGCCAGCACGGGCCAGGCCACCAUGCCCAGCAGCAGCCCCAGCCACUCCCUGCCGCCAGUGUCCCUGCCUGAGCCAGCAGCUCUGUCCCAACCCAGCACUCAGCCUCAGAUUGCUAUCAGCCAGACCACUGUGGAGGUCACCACAACCACCACAACUGCUCCCCCUGUUGCUAUGGAUACUUCACUGACUGAUAAAGUGAAGAAAGCGCCAAAGAGAAAACGUGUGAUGGAAGACAGUGGAGAGACAGCAAAGCGACGCUCAGCACGAGUUCGAAACACGAAAUGCAAGAAGGAAGAGAAAAUUGAUUUUCAGGAGCUGCUUUUCAAAUAUCUUCCUUCCAGACUGAAAAAAUUUGAUCCCGAGGAUGAUGAUGAGAGCCUGAGUAAUCUUGAGACACAGUGUGAUGGGAAGGAUGAUGCCCGGCUUCACCAUGGGAGUUGUUUGCCUGUUGACUCAGUUGAAUACAUGGAAUCUGAACAACAGGACGUUCACAACUUCCUGCUGGAUAAUAUGACCAAUGGUGGCAUACUGGACCUGAUGAUGCGCUACCUGAAGGCCUUGGGUCAGAGGUUCAUGGAGGAGUGGCCUCGGGGUUUGACUGCCGUGGCACUGGAGGUCUACCAGACCUGGAGGAAGCACAGCAGCGGACUUCCCAACCCUCUGCUUCGGGACUGUAGCAACCAGCACAUUCGGGAAAUGCUCACAAUGAGCUUAGCAUGUAUGGAGUUGCAGUUGGAGCAGUGGUCGCACAGUAAAGGGAAAAUUGUGUCUCCAAGAAGGAGCAGCGUUGGUCCUGGCAGCGAAGCAGGUGACACAGAGUUUCCAGGCCAGCAUUUCCAGGGUGAUCUGUUCAUUUUGGCCUUAGGUUCCUCCCAGAGGGACCUUUUUGAGGAUGACUGGCUAGAUGUUAUGGUGCGUGUCUACUGGCUCAAGGCACGAUUCUUAGCCCUCCAGGGGGACAUGGAGUUAGCCCUGGAGAGCUAUGAUGUUUGUACAGGCCUGCUGCAGAGCAAGCCAAAGAUCCUGGAGGGAAAAUAUUAUACCAUUAGCCUGCCUAACCUACGGAUAGAUGCAGCAAUCUCUGUGGAGGAGAUUGACAAGAGGCUGAAGUCUCUUGAGCGUUGUCAGUCUCUGGAGGAGAUACAGCGCCUCUUUGAAUCUGGGGACUUCGAAUCUGUUGUGCGCUUGCUGCAGCCCACUCUUAAUUACGGCAGCAGGAGCAAACCUCUGGAGUUUGUCAGUUCAGCACCAGAACGGCCUGCUCAGCUGUUACUUCUACAGAACUCACUCUUGAAGCAGCGAGACUACCAGCAAUGUCUGGAGUGCACGGAGUUGGCUCUGAACGAAGCCUUGCAGCAGCUCAACUCAGUUCCAGUCUCCGCUAAGGAGGAGUGGGUCAACACUAUCACACAGCUGCUAGAUGGCACUGAAGUCUGUUUCACUGAAGAUUCAGAGCUUCUCAGCAACGUCCCCCACUUCUCUAGCAUGGCCAGACUGGCCAACAACCUCAUCCAGCUGAUCGAUCUUAGCAUGACCAUCUCUGACGAUCCCAAAGAGCCCUAUUUCUUCUCAGUUCUGCCUUGGAUUAUCCUGCAUCGCAUUAUCAAACAUGAAGAGGCUGCUUUUGACUGUAUGUUACGACAGCACAUGUCUGUUGGGGAUGAUGAAGAUGACUCAGACACUCCCAUGCUGCCCUCCUCCCUGAUGUUGCUCAACACAGCCCAUGAGUACCUCGGCCGGCGCUCCUGGUGCUGCAACUCAGACGGUGCACUCCUUAAGUUUUAUAUUCGGGUUCUGGAAAAAGAGCUUGCAGCCUCCUCCAAUGAUGACUCCCAUCCCUACAAAGAGGAGCUGGAAGUGGCACUGGAGCAGUGUUUUUUCUGCCUGUAUGCUUAUCCCAGUAAGAAGAGCAAGGCCCGCUAUCUUGAGGACCACUCUGCUCCACAGGUUGAGCUGCUGUGGAGCAAUUCCCUCUUCAUGUUCCAGUAUUUUAAACCAAAGACGCUGCCUGAGUUUGACAGCUACAAGACUAGCACAGUGUCUGCAGACCUGGCUAAUCUACUGAGAAGGUUCUGUGGCAUUGCUCCCCCUAGUGACACUCCUACGCUCACCAUGGACGAAGUGGCGGCCUACAUCGAGGGCACAACAGCAAAGGCUCCAUGCCUUCCGGAGGGUGGUGCACCUGCGCCCCCCAUCAUUAAUGAGAUCUACUACCUGCUGGCUGACUACCACUUCAAGAACAAGGAGCAGUCCAAAGCCAUCAAGUUCUAUAUGCAUGACAUCUGUGUGUGUCCCAACAGGUUUGACUCCUGGGCCGGCAUGGCUUUAGCCAGGGCGAGUCGUAUCCAGGACAAACUCAACUCAAACGAGCUGAAGAGUGACGGGCCCAUCUGGAAACACUCCCAAGCUGUACUCAACUGCUUUAAGCGAGCCCUGGAGAUAGACCGCUCCAACCUGUCCCUGUGGAUCGAGUAUGGUACCAUAUCAUACGCCCUGCAUUCAUUUGCCUCACGACAGCUUAAACAGUGGCGCAGCGAGCUGCCUCCUGAAGUGGUUAAACAGAUGGAGGAGCGGAGAGACUCCAUGCUGGAGACAGCCUCUCAGUGUUUCCAGGCUGCUUCCCGUUGUGAGGGUGACAGUGAUGAGGAAGAGUGGCUCAUCCACUACAUGCUUGGGAAGAUAGCAGAGAAACGCAAACAACCUCCACGGGAGUACCUGCAGCUUUACAAAAAGGCAGCACAUUAUCUGCAUGAGGAGGCAGCCAGGUACCCCCGGAAAAUCCAUUACCAUAAUCCUCCAGACCUGGCCAUGGAAGCCCUUGAGUUGUAUUUCCGUCUGAGUGCCACCAUCCUAAAACUGCUAGAGGCUGAUGAACCUGACCUGGAUCACGAGCUCUUUUUCAAUAUGAUGGUUGAGGCGGCCACGGGGCCGUUUGCCAGGGGGGAGGAGAAGAGCAUGCCAAGUAUGCCCAGGUCCCACGAAAAGGAGAAGCCUCCCUCCAUGAUGGAUGAAGACUCGCACUGUUCAUCUGUUUGCACAGGCAAUGUCCUCGGCUCCUCCCUUCCCUCAGUUGCCGCUCCAGGUCUGACAUCCCCUCUUUACAUGGCCACACCGGUCGACCACGAUUACGCCAAACGUAAAACACUCCGGCGGCAGCAGUGGCAGCAGCAGCAUAAGGAGCAGCAGGCCGAUGCCUCCCCAGAGUUUGACCAUGAUUACUGCCUGCCCAGGUCUCCAAUGUGGCUGGCUUCCCUGAAUGAGCGCAGUCAGGACAGUGAGGUGGUGAUGCUUUCUGACUCCAACUCCACCCAGGAUGCCUUCACAGAUCCGACCAGCUCACAGGACAGCAGCCACAAGUUGGCUUCAGGGAAGGCCAGCUCCUCCUCAUCAGAAAACACAACCCCCGUGAAGGAGGGGCAGCCUGCCGCCGAUGACACAGUUUCACAUGGCGAGAAAACCAGUGAAGGAGGACACAUUGGCAUCCAGAUGGAGGAUAAAGUUGUCCAGGAAGUGGUGGAUACUGUGUCGGUAACACUGCCUGAAGCUCUAGGCCCCAAGAUUUCAGUGGAACCCUGUCUGCAUCCUCUACCUGUCACAGCCACGCCCCCGAAGCCAGCCCCCUCUCAACAGGUCACCCCUCAGACCCCAGUCAGUGAGAGCAAGAAGAAACCAGAGCCACCCCCCGAGGUGGUAGAGGUGCCUAAAGCCCUGCCUGCAGACCGCAGCGACCAGAGACGCAUGUUGGUGGAAAUGUGUGUUCGUGCUCUGUUCCUCUGCCUGGGCCGCUUCCCACAGCACUACAAGAGCCUCUACCGCUUGGCCUUCUUCUAUACCAACAGUAAGACCCAUCAGAACUUACAGUGGGCUCGAGACGUGUUGCUAGGAAGCAGUGUCCCAUGGCAACAGCUGAAGCACAUGCCAGCACAAGGACUUUUCUGCGAAAGAAACAAGACCAACCUGUUUAAUGGCAUCUGGCGUAUUCCAGUGGAUGAGAUUGAUCGCCCGGGAAGUUUUGCAUCUCAUAUGAAUCGAUCCAUCGUCCUCCUGCUGGAGGUGCUGUCUCAGCUCAAGGAUCACGACACACUCUUGAAAGUCUCUUUCAUGCUGCAGAGAACCCCUGACCAGGGAAAGAAGUAUUUACGGGAUGUUGAUCGCCAGGUUUUGGCCAAGAGAGCAUUUUUCCUAACUGUAAAAGUCCUGGAGGACAAUCUGAACAGUCUCACAGGGGUGUCUGAGCAGCCUUCUAAAGUGACUGCGCCCUCCAUGGGGGAGAUGACCACAACGGACGCAUCCAACAGGCCCAGCGCAGAGGAUAGUAAACAUGCACUGCCUAAGAAGCCUGGGCUCACAGAGGGUUCCUGUACUUCAGGCCCUGACACAGGACCCAGGGAGGCCUCCCAGGCCCAGCUCGCCCUGGCCCCGCUGGCCACAGACAAGGGGGAAAAGGCUCAGGAGCACCAGUCUGGUAUGGGGGAGGCUGCUGGCAGUGAAGAGCUCAGAGCAGGGCUAGAAGAACCCAUGGAGCUGGACUCUAGCCACUGGAGGAGGCUUUCUACUACUGCAGAUUCUCAGGGCAGCCAAACUGAGGCUGAGCACCCCCGGGGUGCCAUGGAAUCUGGAGAGAAAGUGGCUGAGAGUAGCCGGACACCAGAGCUGUCUCUGGAGGAGCUCAGUAUCAGUUCCAGGCAGCAGCAGCAGCUCCAGGGCCCGGCACCUAAGGGUGCAGUGGCAGCCAGUGGGACUGAUCAGGGGUUGUUGCGAAGGCCCAACAGGAAAAGGAAGCUACUAGAGGAUGUGGAGUCAGGAAAAACCCUGCUGCUCGAUGCCUACAGGGUGUGGCAGCAAGGCCAGAAGGUCAUGACCUAUGACCUGGGGCGCAUCGAAAAGAUCAUGUCAGAGACUUAUAUGCUCAUCAAACAGGUGGAUGAGGAUGUAGCUUUGGAUCAAGCUGUGAAGUUCUGCCAGAUACAGUUGGCCACUUCUGCCCAAAGACAGACUGCAGGCGAUGCCCCAACCACACCUAAGUACACCAAGGAGCAUCGCGACAUCUUCUUCCCCGCCUCGCUGCCGACGCCAGUCCUGCUCAGCCACGCCGCCUGCCACCCGCUGUCCUCCCAGGACGGCCAAGCCCAAGCUGCGUACGAGCCCCUGAACAAGCUGUCCAGACCUCCAGCCUCAGGCUUCCACGAUCAUCCGCAGCACAGGAGAGCAGCCGGCCACCCAACUGCAACCAUGGCCUUCCUACCCCAUACAGAGGAGCGAGAGGAGCCCACAGAGGGCCUGGCGUACCGACAGCAGGAGUCUCACCUUUGUCAACAAAUGAAACUCGCCACCGUCUCCCAAGGGCAAGAAACAGCAGCAGCAGCAGCAGCAGCAGCAGGCUGGUACCAGGAGGAGCCUGCAACAUGUAGCACCGCACAGCCUUGUCCAGACCAGCAGCAGUAUGCCAGCAGCGAGCAGUCCAAGCUUCCAGACCCCAGCCGCAUCCGCUCCCGCAUCCCACCCAACAUGCCAAAGCUUUUCAUCCCUUCCACGGUUACCAAGUUCCCACCGGAGAUCACAGUAACUCCUCCGACACCCACGCUGCUGUCUCCCAAAGGCAGCAUCUCAGAAGAAACCAAACAGAGACUUAAGAACGUCAUCCUGUCCUCCCAGUCUGCAGCCACAGUCAAGAAGGACACUCUGAGCCAGCCAGCGCUGGAGGUGCAGGAGACAUCGAGCCAGGAGUCUUCGCUGGAGAGUGAGUCGGACGAGGAGGAUGAUUACAUGGACAUCUGAGCCUCCGAUCAGCCUCGCGCUUUCAGAGCACUGCAGAAACUGAACAACUCACAGCCUGGCCUAUGUUUUCCUUGUCUUAAAAUAACGGAAUGGUACAUGUCGCUGCAGCUAGUGUGUCUUUGUUGAUAAUAUUGUUCUUAUUUUUCUUUUUGUGCAUUUAGAAAUACUUUUUUAACAACAAAAAAAAGCACUCCCAACCUGAGAAAAUGCAUUUUUCUCAUCACCUGUCAUGGUGCUGUUUUGCUCUUGUUGUCAGCAGUGACAGGGGAUGACAGGCAGUGUCUUUUGUUUUCCAUGUGCCAUUUAUGCAUAUCGCACAGCUUAAAGAGCUUUCCGGAACUCACCGAAAGUGGGGAGUGCUAGAAAAGAACAAAUUAUCAGCUGUGUACUGGAUCUGGCAGAGCAGGCUUGUGGCCCGCACAGCCGUCCAGGCCUUUGUUUAUGCAUCCUCUACGAUGUUGUGUACCAGUUGUAUAUCUCCGCUGCAGCUAAAUCCUUGUCUUGAGAACUCCACAUCUCCAAUCUGAGGUGCUUCAAUCCGGACUGAUGCUCAGCAGCAUGUACCUGCUGUCAACCACUUUGACCAUUUACAUAGGCAUGAGAAUUUAUCCUGCGAGGCACUUGCAUCGGUACACGACAUAUUUCAGCGGACACAAAGGUGAAAUGAGGACAAUCAGCUGCACUCGACGCUUGUCUGUGGGGCCGGCGCACCACACAGCCUCAUAACCUGUAGCAGAUUGAACGUGUUUACACUUAACAAUUGGGAUGUCUUUCACUUGUCACUUAAUUUUGUGCUAUUUUUGUACUCACUGUAUUUACUUGUAAUAUUUUGUCCAAUAUUUUUUUUUUUUUUCCUUUUGUGUGCAUUUGUAGCGAAGAGGAACAGUUCUUAGCAGGAAGAAGUCCUGUCACCAGCAUUGAUCUGAACGAUACGGAAAGGGAUUUGGUCUCAAUUGUUUAGAAAUUAGCUUUUGUACAUAUCCUUAUCCAAAUAUCUUUCCAGUACGACGACUUUAAUGAUUUGGGUGUUUAGUCAAGCUGGAGAAGUGUGCAUGUGAGAGACAGCGAGCAUUAAGGUUACGUUAGGGUUUGGGUCUCUUCAAUUCCAAUCAACUCAGGAAACGUGACAGGACUAGUUACCAGACACGCUAAUGUGACUGAUUUUUUUUUUUUUUUUUUUUUUUUCCUUCCUGAAUUCAGUGGAAUUGAAACACGGGCAGAGGGAAACCUUAUUAUACAGAUGCCUUUCCAGUGAAACCGUUUUGGUAAAUUCGUCAAAAUUCUAGCUCAGAGGAAGACAAUAGAAUGUUUUUUUACAGAUUGUUUUCUAUGAAAAAAAAAAAGAUAUUUACUGAUUGUUUCUUGAAAGUUGUCUAAAAAGACUUUUUAAAACGGACAUAAAUGAUUAACUAAACAGUAUCACCCUUGACUAAACUGUUGGGAGUUUGUAUUUUUUUGUUCUUUGGUUUUCGGUGUAAGAUACUUUUCUAAUCUACUGCUGAGCUUCUGGGAAUGUAUCACGGCUAAAGGUGACGGGGUUCAAGGCUUCUGUUCGGCUCUGUCCCCUUAGCUCAGACUACUGGAGGGGAACUGUUCUCUACAUUUGGACUGAAUGCAUAUAAGAUGUCACAAACCAAGAAUAUAUAUUUGAGAAACAUGUA